UGACGCAGCAUCAUCAUGCGAAAAACAAUAAUGGAGGCUUGUAAUGCUGUCGAGCGCGAAGUUGCCAAAGUUUUGUUAAAAUUCAGUGCGAUAGACGACCACGGUGAAACUGUGCUGCGGGAUUUGAUAAACCACAUCGAAUCCAUUAAAAAAGAGCUCGAAGACGGUCCAUCCGAUCACGAAUUGACACAAUGUCAAAUACAAGUGUUAAAUCAAGCGAUGACCAAGGUCCGGGAUACAGUGCAGCGAUUAGCGACAGACCAUCGCGACCUUCACAGCACAGUUUCAAAAGUUGGCAAAGCCAUUGACAGGAAUUUCAUCGCCGACUUUGCUAGCACAAGUAGAGAAGAUGUGUUCUCUGGACCUGAAAAAACACACCUACUCAAUCAAGUUAUUUGCCAGCAUUUUUACAGGCAGGGGAUGCUGGAUAUUGCCGAUGAACUCGCAUCGGAAGCUGGAAUCAAGACUGAAGAAGGCAGAAAGGAACCUUUCACAGAGUUAAACCACAUUUUGGAUUGUCUGAAACAACGUAACUUGGAGCCGGCUUUAGACUGGGCGCGCAAUCACCGCGAGGCGCUUCUUGCUCAGAACUCAUCACUGGAAUUCAAGCUGCAUAGACUACAUUUUAUAAGAUUAGUACAACAAGGCCCCACGAAACAGGCUGAGGCAAUUCUUUAUGCCCGAAAAAAUCUCACACAGUUUGUUGCACGAUACGAGAAAGAAGUUCAGUCUCUGAUGGGGACUCUUAUGUAUCUACCCAAUGGAAUACAGUCUUCACCUUAUAGUCAUUUACUAAACCCAACGCUGUGGCUUGACAUUCAUGAUGUUUUUACUAAAGAAGCGUGUACACUACUAGGCCUCAGUGUUGACAGUCCACUCUCCGUUUGCAUAAACGCGGGAUGUACAGCUUUACCUGCGCUCUUGAAUAUCAAACAAGUGAUGCAGCAGCGACAAGUGACUGGUAUCUGGAACGGAAAGGAUGAGCUUCCUAUCGAAAUAGACUUGGGGAAGCAGAGCCGUUAUCACUCCGUAUUCGCAUGUCCAAUCCUGCGACAGCAGAGCACCGAAAAUAAUCCACCGAUGAAGUUGGUGUGCGGUCAUGUAAUUUCACGAGACGCCAUCCUCAAAUUGACUAGUGCUAACAAAAAUCAAUUUGUUUCCAGAUUGAAAUGUCCGUACUGCCCGGUCGAACAAAACCGAGACGACGCCAGGUUAUUAUACUUCUAGACUCUAGUUAGAUGUGAUAUAUCGUAUUUGUAAUGAAUAUACUUUAUGUUGCUCUCCCUAGUAAUUAUACUAAAUGUAUAGGUUUACAAAUACAUCAGUUUUGUUCGUAUGGUCUGGCUGUAAAGGCUAAUCACAACAUUUAUGUACACGUAUUGUACACAGGCCUGUUAAAGACUUCGAUCAAUUUUCGUGGGAUUUCUUUUACCAAACUCAGUUUAUUUUGUUCUGUAUUUCCUGUUUUCUUAAUCUACGAUCAAUUUCAAAACAGAAAUUGUUCGCUUUGUUCAAAACUUUGCCAAUUAUCCGUGCCAAGCAGAAUAGCUUUUCAUCAAUCCCAUCUGUCUAGUACGAAGUUCAGUUGUUGCAUCAGUACAUAUUCAACAAACUUGUUUCUGCACUCACGAAACAAUGGAGGAAGAUAAAAAAAUUCAAUGUUUGCCUGAUUCGUUGGCGUAUAUUAUUUUUAUUAUUAUUGUGGUCAAUUUUUCGUUCCUAAUUGUGAUACUCAUUAGUUGAAUAUCAAGUCACGCACUACGACUGGAUACUCUUGUUAUAAUUGUUAUCGGUUAUUUUUUUUUAUUUUGGUGAUGUCCUCGAAACUGAAUAACGUUAUUUAUUUUACUGUAUUCCAUUUUUACUGUUACACACACAUCGUCAUAGAUAAGUUAUUUUGGUAAAGGAAUGUCCCUAUGAUGUUGAGCUACGUAUUAGCUGUACACUUGUUUGUGUAAAAUAGUUUUAUAUAUAUAUA